AUGCCGCCGCCCACAGCCUCGGAUACGUGGCUUGCUGGCAGACGCUUUGGAGUAGUUAUUGACGCUGGCUCGUCGGGUUCGAGACUGCAGAUAUACAGCUGGCGGGAUCCGAGGCUUGUGAAGGCGGAGGAUCAUAAGGCGUACAAUGCUCUGCCAAAGAUAGAGAAGGGCACCAGAAAUGGAGAUGAGUGGGUUACGAAGGUGGAACCUGGUAUAUCCACAUUUGCAGAAAACCCAGAAGGCUUACCGGCAUAUCUUGCGCCUUUGCUUGAUCAUGCUCGUUCACAUAUACCGCCCUCGCUACAGCCGGAGACGCCCUUGUUCUUGCUAGCGACAGCGGGUAUGCGACUCUUAUCUCCCGACCAGCAAAGGGAAGUCCUCCAGGGGACGUGUCAAUUCCUGAAGUUCCAUUCCAAUUUUCGGAUUGAUGACGCUUCUCCAAUGGGACCGUGCGGCUCUAGCGUACGGAUAAUAACUGGAGAGGAGGAAGGUCUCUUUGGCUGGAUCGCAGUAAACUACCUCAUGGAUGGCUUUACUCCUCGGGACGACCACCACACCACGUAUGGAUUCCUGGACAUGGGUGGAGCUUCCACUCAGAUAGCAUUUGAGCCUAAAGCCGAGGAUCGGCACGGCGCGGAUAACUUGAUUGAUGUUCGCUUGCGUCUCGUAAACGGCAAGGAGAUCUAUCAUCAGGUAUUUGUGACCACCUGGCUUGGGUACGGGACCAACCAAGCUAGGGAACGGUAUGUGGCGCAAGCUAUAACACAAUACGAGGAUACGCUGUCCGCGCCUCCCUCCGAAGGCGCGUCCGCCGCUGGAGAGCUUAUUCCCGACCCUUGCCUUCCGAAAGACCUCCAUCUUCUUGAAUCACCCGUCCAUACGGGUGUCUCUACGGCGCACAGCCGGAAGCCGCAUACGUUACUAGGGACUGGCUCUUUUGAGCAGUGCCUGAAACAAGUAUCCCCUCUACUCAACAAGCAUGUGGACUGUGCGCGUCCUCCUUGCCUAUUCAACGGUGUUCACGUCCCGCCCAUCGACUUCUCUGCCUCCCAUUUCAUUGGGGUUUCGGAGUACUGGUAUUCUUCUGAACACGUCUUCGGCUUGGGCGGGCCGUACGACUUCGUGCAGUACGAGCGGGCCGCAUCAGAGUUUUGUGCUCGGGAUUGGACACAGAUCUUACGAGACCACGAAGCUGCGAGCUCUGAUCACGUCGAAGUCUCCCGUUUGCAAAUGCAAUGCUUCAAGGCAGCGUGGGUAGUUAAUAUGCUUCACGAAGGGAUCGGCAUGCCGCGAAUCAUCGACUCUGGCGGCAACAAUACCACCGACGGCGAUAAGGUAGCUGAACAAGCUGCCGCGAAGGGACUGGGGAAACCGAUGUUCCAGUCUGUAGACACUGUCGGUGACGUUGCGAUUAGCUGGACUCUGGGGAAGAUGGUGCUGGAGGCUAGUAAACAGGUUCCUGUGCUAGAGGCCAAUCGGAACAAGCCUCCGCUUUCGGACCCGUUGGAAGACAUACCCGAGUCCAGCAAUAUCACCAUCAAGCCGAUUCGCCCAUUCUGGCACUUGGACACGAUUGAAGAUGUACUGGCUCCCCAUCUCCCCCCGGCCUUGACGAAAGCCUCUCUCGGCUUUUCGCCGGUUGGGUGGGCGAUAUACCUUUUCGUGAUAUCGACAUUUUUAUUGGUUAUUUAUCGGCUUCGGCACCAGCUUAAAGUUUCUGCGCGCCGGAUGGUUAGAGGUCCCUUCAAGAAGGACAGGGAUUACGUAGCCGACAGCUAUGUUAUGGAGGAAGGUCAGCCGUUGUACGGAAAUGGGUUGGGGUCGCCCUCGUCGUCUCGCCCGCAAUCACCCAUCUCCGGACCUCGCGCUUGGCUUUACCCGCUGCGCAGGUUGCUCUCUUCAUCUUCAAGGACUCGGUCUGCAGCCAGCGUCAUGAACGGACAUCGUCCCAUCUUACGGCAAACGAAUGCAACGCCCCGAGUAUCGCCAAUCCAUCGGUCCUUCUCCUCCCCUGCCAUGAACGCAGGCUAUGCGAACGGGAAUGGAAACGGAUACGGCAAGCCGAGCCUGGCCAGCAUGCCACAUCCGCCCGUCUCACCCUCAUCUCAAAGUUUCUACCAGGACGAAGCCCUCUAUUCCCUAGCCAAUAGCAACAACGUAUCCUCGCUAUCGUCUCGCUCUCGCAAUUCAUCGCAGAUGAAUUUGUCGACCUUGGUGCCUAGGCCGGCCAGCUCACGGAACGCGAGUUCCCUGCAUCUUCCCAGCGGAGCAGCGUUGCAUGAAGAAUGAGCUAUGAUUGGAGCGCAUGUCUCUGGAGGCGUCACGUAUCGAAUCACGACGUUUCGCGGGACUAUGUUGCCACGAUCACCACGAGCUGAAUGACCGACGAAGUGGCGCCUUAUCUGUCGUAAGACAGAAAUAGCCAGGCUGGGUGUGUCCGCCAGAUCGCACGACACGCUCAUCCGAGUCCACGCGGUUUAUCCUCCACGAGGGAGCUAUAGCUUUAUGGCGAGCCGAAGCCCCGUACUUCCAGAGCCUGCGCCAGGGCACCAGUAGGAUGCUAAGGCGUCCGACGGGCCAUGGUUGGUUCUAAUCGGAUAGAGCGUGCCCAAAUGCUAAUGUUGAAGCAAGCAUGUGGUUGCUACGAAAGAACUCUCCGACCAUAGUGCCGUGGGAGGGAACGAGUCAAUGAGCAUCCGUCGUAGAGAAGAACAAGCGUUGUAGUAUGCGAGGAGGGGGAUUGAAAGGCGGAAUCAGAAGAGCGCAGUAGAUUUCUUAUGAAUGGGAUUGCUAGUGGACUAGGGACGAUGAACUGAUGGAUGAUGUUCGUACAAUAUACACUGCAUAAUGCUAUUGUUACCGUACUACGACAGAUUGCCAAGAUUGCGUGAACGAAGCAUGGGGUAUGCUGAUCAUGAUGAUGACUGAUAUGUUUCGCUAUCCAACGAGUGUCCUCGAGAGAAGAUAACGAGAGAAUGCUCGACCCAAAUACAGCCUCGAGAUGUUUCACUGUCAAUGCCCCUGGGAGGUUGAUCAUGCCCUCCUAGGGCGCGACCGUGUCCCUCCAGUAUUAUUACCAUUAGACUGUGGGGCCUUCUUGAGCCUCUUGGAUUUCGCCUCUCGUAACCGGAGAACAUCAUGUACCCAAUCGGUCUCUUCAGCUUUUUCCAAACCAACCUUAUACAAACGAGUCUCUUCCUCAGAGUCUUCCAGCGGUUCCAGGGUCGUUCGUUUCU